CUUUUAUUACGCGAUAGAUUUAAAUUUAACAACAAAAAUGUUUAAAUUUUUGAUUCUUUUGUGUAUAAUUAAAGUUUCUUUAAGCGAAUAUCCCAUUGUGAUUGGAACUUGGGGAUUUUCUUUAGAGCCAUGUCAAAUAGCUUGGGAUUUAUUAAAUAAAGGCUACGAUGGUAUCGAAGCUUUAGAAGCCGGUUGUUCAUAUUGCGAACGUGAACAAUGCGACUCUACCGUUGGAUUCGGUGGGAGUCCUGAUGAGAACGGUGAAACCACUUUAGAUGCGUUAAUUUUUGAUGGGCGUACAAUGAACGUUGGAGCUGUCGCGGGGCUUAGACGCAUAAAAAACGUCGUUUCCGUAGCUAAACAUGUCUUAAAACACACCAAACACUCAAUGUUAGUUGGCGACCAAGCUACGGAAUUUGCAAAAGCCAUGGGGUUUAAAGAAGAAAGUUUAUCUACUAAUACUUCGAUUGGAGUGUGGGAUGAUUGGAAAAAUGGGAAUUGCCAACCAAAUUAUUGGAUUAAUGUUGAGCCUGAUCCAUCAAGUUCUUGUGGGCCAUAUAAUCCCAUUAAUGAAAAUAAUAUUAAUUAUGAAAAUCACAUAAGAAACUCUGAAAUUGAUGUGCGGCUAACUCAUGAUACAAUCGGGAUGGUUCUUGUUGACCAUAAUGGUGAUAUAAUUGCAGGAACUUCUACAAAUGGGUUAAGACAUAAAAUAGCAGGGAGAGUUGGGGAUUCGCCAAUUCCUGGCGCUGGGGCUUACGCUGAUAGCGAAGUGGGUGGGGCUGCUGCAACUGGAGAUGGGGACACUAUGAUUCGAUUUUUACCGAGUCUUUUGGCAGUUGAAGCGAUGAGACGUGGAGCAACCCCGGAAGAUGCUUCAAAUCAAGCUAUAUUAAGAAUGAUUAAGCAUUACCCCAGUUUUUCGGGUGCAGUAAUAGCCGUGAAUAAAAACGGAGAAUUUGGGGCUUCUUGUAAUGGGAUGGAUGAAUUUCCUUUUGCGGUUAUGAGCGAAUCUUUGAAAAAACCACAAAUAUUUAAAGUUGCUUGUGUUAAUAAGUUAAAUAAAUUGUUAUAUUAAACUCCGUUUAAUAUUAAAA